CCGAACAACACAACACAACACAACACAACACAACACAACACANACAACACAACACAACACAACACAACACAACACAACACACGACCGCAGCGGCGACGAUGCGAGUCCUCCCCCUCCGGCCGGUGGCCCUCCUCCUCCUCCCCCUGCUCCCGGCACCCUCCGUUUGCCUGAGCCAGCCCUCCCGUUCCGGCUGGAAGCCCAGCAUCGAGUCCCUCGCGGACCGGGUGGCCCUCCGCCAACGGGAGGUCCGGACGGAGACGAUCGGGUCCCUGGGCUUCCACCACGUCGAGUUCUACUGCGGGGACGCCCGGACCACCGCCCACCACUUCUGCGCCUCCCUGGGACUCUCGGUCACGGGGACCACGGGGCAGGCCACGGGGAACGACAAGUGCGUCUCCUACGGACUGGAGAGCGGGAGCAACGGGGAGGCCCUGCGGAUCCUGCUGACGGCCCCCUAUUCCCUGGCGACCGCCUCGCCAGCUAGCGACGACCCCUGGGAAGGCGAGAACGAAGACGACGACGCCUACGACGCGCCCCGCCCACUCCCGGGCUUUGACGCGGCCUCGGCCCACUCCUUCUUCCGGACGCACGGCCUGGCGGUCCGGGCGGUCGGCCUGGAGGUCGCGGACGCGGGGGCCGCCUUUCGGGCUUCCGUGCAGCGGGGGGCCAUCCCCGUCCUGGAGCCCACGGUCGUCCGGGCCUGCAGGGCGCAGCGGCAGGCCAAAGGCGACGGCAAAAGCCAGGCCGAGGGCCCGAGCCGGGAGAUGGCCGAGGUCGAGCUCUACGGGGACGUCGUCCUGCGGUUCGUCGGGCCGACCGGUGCCGGGGGCGCUGUGGCCCCUUCCGGGGAGAUGCCCUUUCUGCCACACCUGGCCCCCACCGGUGAUGGCGAUGGAAACGGAAAUCCAUCCGAGGGCUUUGGGAUCUACCGGAUCGACCACGCGGUCGGGAACGUCCCCGACCUGGAGGAGGCCCACGAGCGGAUCAAGGCCUUUACGGGCUUUCACGAGUUUGCCGAGUUUUGCCCGGAGGACGUCGGCACGGUCGACUCGGGGCUCAACUCGGUCGUCCUGGCCAGCGACAGCGAAGAGGUCCUCCUCCCACUCAACGAGCCCACCGAGGGCCGGUACGUUCCCCCGCGAAAGCGAAACCGCCGCCGCAGCCUUAAGCACCAACGUUCCCAGGGCUCACCCCGUUGUUGUUUUGUUUUUCUUUCUUCCUUCCUUCCCGCCUCCCAAACAGACGAAAAUCCCAGAUCCAGACGUACCUGGAACAAAACGAGGGCGCGGGCCUACAGCACCUGGCGCUCAAGACGAGAGACAUUUUUUCGACCAUUCGAAAGAUGCGGCAGAGCGAGAAGGACGUCUUUGGGUUCGAACUGAUGAAGCGACCGAGCGACGAGUACUACAGGGAGCUCCCGGACAGGCUUGGGGACCAGCUGACGCAGGACCAGUACGAGCAACUGGAGGAACUGGGCAUCCUCGCGGAUUCCGACGAGGAGGGAAUCCUGCUGCAGGUCUUUACCAAGCCGAUCGGCGACCGGCCCACCUUUUUCUUCGAGAUCAUCCAGCGCAUCGGCUGCGUGGUGUCGCAACAAAACGGAAGCGAUAGCGAACACGAAGCCGCCGGCCGGGGGACACCGAUCGAGCGGCCGGGCUGCGGUGGCUUUGGCCAGGGCAACUUUCGAGAAUUGUUCAAGUCGAUCGAGGACCACGAAAAGACGCUCAAGGUGUAGGAGUUGGCGCCGCCACCGAUCGUUCCGAACCGGGGGCCGGGUGUUCGUACGCACGGACGCACGCUGGUGGUUCUAGGUUUGGGAGAGCACUUUAUUCUAGAUGC